AUGCCCCGGAAGGCCACUGGCAAGCACAUGAAGAAGACCGGCAAGGACCAGAGAUCCCUCCAACAACAGAAGGAGAUUUCCGAACGCCAGAACGUUCCUGCCAUCGAGGACCGGCCUCUGGAGAAGGCCAAGGAAGCGCUCCCACGCUCCCAGGCCACUUCGGAGCCUCCCGCCACCACUGCGGCACCCCCUAAGCCCGCCUGCAACACCUCGGCACCUGCUGCUGCUGCUGCUACCGCACCCGCCGCCCCUCGCGAUGCCGCGAAGCCUCAGCUGCGCUCGCGCUCGGGCACUCGUGUGGCAUGCGGGGCCUUUCGGCCUCGGAACAGUCCAUGGGAAGAAGAAGCCGCAGCCCAACAGGACGAGGAAGACUACCGGGACUUCAUAGCCUGGCUAUCCAAAAAGCGUGCCACACAGCGUGCUGCAGCCCAUGCGGCACACGCAAUCACAAGUACGAUCUCGGCACAGGCACCGACUGCGAGCCCGAACCAAUUGGAGCAGCAGGCGGUGACAGCCAUUGGAGAUUGGCUGCUUAACAAGGCCAAGGAAGCAGCACCAGUUACCGCUGACCUUCCCGAACUAGCAACCACCAUGCCAAUCAACAUAGACGACACCUCGUCUAUUUCACAUGCCGAGACGUCAGUUGACGAAGUCAUGGACACCACGGCGACCUCGCGUAAGCGGGGACGCGAGGAAGAGGCAGCGGAGGGCCCGCGGAAGCAAGCGAGCCGACACGCAACAGCGGCAAUCACAACAACAGCUGCUGCAGCACGUGCUCCCUCCCCCCCCAUGCGGGACGACGCGGCGAGCCCGACAGCAACUCCGGCAGUCCUCCUCGCGCAGGCGGCCUCCGCCGACAUUGUGGCAGCGCCCCCUGCGGCUCCCGCAGGAACGAGGAAGGUAAACAAGCGGAAGGCACGCCCCAAGCGACGGCGGUGGCCGCACGAGCUCGUGUAUUCUGCUGCUGAGCCCCGGACAGCUCCGAGGCAACUCAACACCAUGGUCGCCGUGCCGCGCCCGUGCCCAAGCCCCCCGCCAGCCGCGGACGACUUCGUCACCGUCGUCUCCAAGGCGGCUGGUCGGAGAGCAAGGGCCAUGGAGACCGCGGCCAUCAACAUCGACGCGGCAGUCGUGGGGACCGUACUCUUUCGGCCCUCCACUCCCGGCGGUACCUUUCGGGGAACGCCACGCCUGACGCUCGCAGCGGGUCUCGCCGGGCGGCCCGGAGUUGCGGCGGUGCGCGUUAACCACCUGCGCAACGUUGUGGCCGCCGACGCGACCACGCCCGAGUGUCUGGCCGGGCUCCUGUCCAUCUCGGAGCUCCACGACAUCCCCGUCACCGCCAGGGAGCCUGCCGACCGUCGAUCGUGCCUCGGCUUCGUGUACGGUGUGGACGGUGACCUUGCUGACUCGGAGCUGAUCGGGGCCAUCGCCUCGUCCGCUCCAGUGACUGCUGCGACCAGGGAGGGCCGUUCAGUGAAGCUGCGCUUCGCGAGCGCUGUUCCCCCAGCGCAGAUCUCCAUCUACGGGCUGCAGCUACGUGUUCGUCACGUGAAGCCGCGCCCUAUGCAGUGCCGACAGUGCGGCCGCUUCGGCCACGUCGCUGCCGCUUGCCAGCGUGCUGGCGACUGCAUACGGUGCGGCCGUAAACACCCGCCUGCCGAGAGCUGCAAGCCCCACUGCAUCAACUGCGGCGGAGCCCAUGCAGCUGACACCCCCUCCUGCCCCCGCUGGCAGGAGGAACGUCGUGUGGCCACCCUGCUGGCCACUUCUACCACGCCGCUGUCGAGACGGGCAGUCAGGGCGGCGGUUCGCGAGGAGUCCCGCGAGGUGCGCUCCUACGCUGCCGCCUUGAAACGCUGCCCUCCUCGUAACCCAUCCAAGGACCUCGGCCAGCAGCGCACUACUACAGCGCCGCGCCAACCCCCGCAACCAGCAGUGACUUCCGCCGCGGUGGACCACCUGCCUGCUGCCUCUCCUAUCACGCCUGCAGAGGAUCCCAGGGACGCACUCAUCGCGAACCUGAUGGCAACUCUGCAGGCAGUGAUCCAGUACCUGCCUGAGGAACAUCCGCUGCGAGCCACCUGCCUCCAGGCGAUCGGCGCGCAGCCAGGUGCCCCCAGGAGCGAGUAG